AUGGGAAAGACACAACCAUUGAAGAAAGAUUUGGAAAAAGAUGCGAAUUUGAUAACCAAGAAGAAAGGACUUAAGAUUCAUCCGCCAAAGGUGAGCUUAAAAUCACGGAAAAGUGAAGAAAAAUCUAGACUGGAAGUUCAAAUUGUUAAAAUGCAACCUCUUAUCGUUCGGAGUUUGGAGUCACAGCCCUCAGAAGUUGAAGGCGUGGAGUCACAGCCUCCUCCUACGCAAACCCUACUUGCGCAACUUCCGCAAGCUCUCCCUGCGCCAACCCUAGAAGCUUCUGUUGACGUUUCGACUUUGGGGUUGUCAAUAGCAGAAAAAAGUGUGGUACCUGUUGAUAUUUCCUCUGAUGUGGUGACUAAUGCCAUUACUUCAAAUCGUUUUGCGGGUUUGGAAAUGAUUGAAGAAGACGAAAACGAAGUUGUGAACAUUGAGGAGGAAGAAUCGAUUGAAGAAGUGUUUGCCGAAGAACUUAGCGAUCAUAGAAGCGAUGCUAUUCAGAAUGUUUUGCUGCCAUUGGUUAGCGGUGAUUGCUUGGGGGUUGAUAAAUAUUACGAUGAUGGGAUAAUUGGUAAAAAUUCUGAAACAGAGGCAAUAGAUGAUAUUGAACGCGAUGUUUGGUCGGAAAGUGAUUUGGACGAUUCUAAAACUCAGGACUCUGUCCAAGGGGAGAGUUCUGUUCCAAAAAAGCGUGGUCGAAAAUCAAAGGGAGAAAGAACUAGAGCACAAGCUGGGCUAGUUCCCUGGCAUUCUCCGCGUUUGUAG